CAGUGAAGGAGCUUGGUUAUUAACCACUACACAAAGUGUUCUACAGAGACCAACUACAUUGGGGACUGGAAUUGGUGUACAAGCUUCGAAGUGUUGCUAAUGUCUUCCAAGCAGCAAUAGAUGGUAUUACGGAGCACUGACCACAACCAGCUGGAAAGACGGGAAGGUGAGAGAUUACUGCUGUGUCAACAGAGACUGUGUCAACCAACUGCCAUCAGCCCAAGUAUACUGUCAGCAAUAACUGACUGUGCUAACCAGACACCUGUGCUGAUGUUACCUGAUUGCAGCAGUGAUAUGGAAUGAACAUUGACUGACGAGCAUAGACAGCCUAGGCUGGAGUCCACCAUUUUUUCUACCUGACCCAGUAUGUCCCAUCUGUCCUCCACCCUAAAGAGAUAUGGUGACAACAUAUACACCAAAAGCUACAGCAGCAUCAGCUCAUACACCAGCAAUCUCAGUUCUUCCUAUGGUGAUCGUGAUAAGCUGCCCUAUAAAUCAAGCCUGGGUGGCUCCUACGUCUCUAGCACCUCCAGCCCGCGCACCUAUCCUGAGCUGGACAGAAACUUACCUCGUCUUGACGUGACAAGCAAGAGAAAUGAAAUAUUGGGACGUUCUCCUGCCAAAUAUGGAGGGUCAAGUAGUUUUAAUACAUACUCCUAUGGUUACAGCAGUUAUUCCCCCCUUGCACCCUCUUCCAUCUCUUCUCUGGCCCGAAAAAAGUCAUCUAGUCACACAGACUUGUCCCUUGGGCUCUCGGAGCUGCGAACCUCAGACACUUACUAUCCUCGUAGCCCUGCAUUGACACGCAACCGCUUUGAAGUAGAUGGGACAUCAAGAGCUUCCAGGGCUGCAAGCAACAGCGAGUUUAAUGAUAUCUAUGGGAAGAAAAGAGGAACUUACAACAGUUAUGGGAUCCCCAGGGUGGCUGCUACUGAGACACCUGCUUUUACUACAAAGACCAGCACACGUUACGGCUACUCAUAUGAGAAGAAUGAGGGAUCCAGUAACAAAGAGAUGCAGCCGUCUAAAGUUGUGCAGGGCUUGGUUGGCCUUAAGAAUCUUGGUAAUACAUGUUUCAUGAACUCUAUACUCCAAUGCCUAAGCAACACAAAGGACUUAAGAGAUUACUGUUUGCAGAAUACACACCGAAGGGACCUCAACUUCAAAAGUGGCAAUACGGCAAUCAUGCAGGAGUUUGCUCGACUGCUCCAAGACCUAUGGACCAGUUCAGUCAAUGAGGUGGUGAGUCCUUCAGAUUUCAAGACACAGAUACAGAGAUAUGCUCCUCGCUUCAUGGGAUACAACCAGCAAGAUGCUCAGGAGUUUUUAAGAUUCCUCCUGGAUGGGUUACACAAUGAAGUCAACAGAGUGACUGUCAGGCCUAAGCCCUCAACUCAGGACCUGGAUCACAUGCCUGACACAGAAAAAGGAAAGCAAAUGUGGAAGAGAUAUCUAGAGAGGGAGGACAGUAGGAUUGUGGAGCUGUUUGUAGGGCAGUUAAAGAGUUCCCUGACAUGCACUGAAUGUGGAUAUUGUUCCACUGUGUUUGACCCGUUCUGGGACUUGUCGCUUCCCAUUGCUAAGAGUACAUCUGAAGUGUCCCUGAUGGAUUGCAUACGCCUGUUUACCAAGGAAGAUGUGCUGGAUGGUGAUGAAAAACCAACAUGUUGCAGAUGUAAGGCUCGUAGAAGAUGUACCAAAAAAUUCACCAUCCAGAGAUUCCCCAAAAUACUUGUCCUUCACCUUAAGCGUUUCUCUGAAGCUCGAAUAAGAAGCAGCAAACUCUCCACUUUUGUGAAUUUCCCUUUCAAAGAUUUAGACCUGCGAGCAUUUUCCUCUGAGAAAAGUGCUCAUGCACUGUAUAAUUUGUAUGCAGUGUCUAAUCACUCUGGGACCACCAUGGGAGGCCACUACACAGCGUACUGUAAGAACCCCAACAAUGGAGAGUGGUACACGUUUAAUGACUCAAGGGUCACUCCGAUGUCUUCUAGUCAGGUGAAGAGCAGUGAUGCUUAUGUUCUGUUUUAUGAACUGUCCGGCCCCUCAUCUAGAAUGUAGACCAAGGCCCACUGGCACUGAUGACAAUCCUAUAACAUGGGAAGAGAGACUAUCUUCUUUUCUACUGCAGUUGUAAUAUCUCGCUGGGGGACCCUGCAGACUCCCACACCUACUGAAGAGAGUUACUGGACAAUAUUUAUUAUAUGUGUGUACCGAUGGAGAAACACCAGCAUUUUAGAGACACUAAUGCCUUAACUUAUUACCAAAGGACAAAUGAUGCAUAUGUGGAGCGUUGCAAGAAGGCCACCUUGGCUGAUAGUGUUAAAUAAUGCAAGAAAUAGUUACAGUGCCUUCAGAAUAUCCUCAUGUGUAUGGCGCCCUCUGCUGUCACCGAAUAGUAAAGCGGGCCUGUGUGUACUGUUACUGUGUUGUAAUGCAGGGCAAGAUUCCGCUCCUUAUGCUCCUGUUAAUGCAAGUAUGGAUGCAGAUCUCUGUGCUGCCCCUGAGUGGUGUAUGUAUAUUGGCUCAUUAUGCUGUAACUUAAUUGUUAUAAAGGAUUGGGCCAGUUGAUUCCUUAUCCAUAGAAGUUAAAGUAGGCCUGGGUGCAAGACCCACUGUGAGGUAAAGAUGUUUCAUUUGCAGCUACCUCUGCUGUUAUGGGGGGCAAUAACAGAUAUGUGUGAGGCCCCCUCAGCUGUUACUGAGUGGUAAUGCUGACAUUCUGCUGUCAGUGAGUGGUACUGCAGUCCUGUGUGCAAUGAGUUAAGUCUUACUUAUUAUAAAGUUGCAGUCUCAUUUGCUGGCAGUGGUCUUACUUACAAUGGAUCCCUUAUUGGAGAAUAAAUCACUCAGAGAAUUAGUGUCACUCAAUGAAGGGUUCAUAUGAUAUCUCUUUGUGGGGUACCUAAAUAAUAAUAGUAAUGCCUAUUUGGAGUGCAGUGUUUAAUAUAAUAAUAUAUUUAUUUUUAAAUUGACUGGAAAAAUUAUAUGAGACAGAGAUCUUUGUAAACUAUAUGUAUUAUAGAGUGAUAAUCAUCAAGGCCUUACCUUGGGUUCCAAGACAUGGAGGUGCAUCAAUAAAAUCAGAAAAUAUUUUUGUAAAGUUAAGUAUUUCAUUGCUUUUGAGGCCCAGGCAUGUGUGUCAGAGUACUGUAUGACUGUGCAUAGUAUAUUUAUAAAGCUGUGUUUCUGAAGAGAGCAUCAGAGCAAGCUUGGAAUGAACAUUGUGUCUGUACAAUAAUAUUGCAUCUGCAGAGAUGUGUGUCUGCUCAGAGAGGUUUAUUUCUGUAGAAAGCACUGGGUACCUCAGUAAGAAGUGUGUCUGUGUUGUAGAGUACAAAGUGUAAAGAGACACAAGUGCUGUGCUGAUUGCUAUGUAUUGUUAUUUAAUAGUUGCACUGUGCACUGACCCAUUAGGGAAUGCUUUGAGGUAACCUCUUAAACCUCUCUAGGAAAUCAUGAGUUGCUGCUUACCAUGUAAGUGUGUAGGCUUGUAAUAAAAAUAGAUCCAUGUGUGCAAAUGUACAGAAACUAAUUACACUUGGUGCUACAACCAUUUCUAACUCCUGUGCUCUGUGCCAUAAAACACAAUAUGUAUUUUUAAAUAAGACAUUUAUACCUCAAAAAAGACACUUGUAUUUCUAAUCAAUAAAGAGAGGUGUGUGCAUGUUGCACACCUGGGGUACUUAUAAUAUAUAGGUGUAGUUUGGGGGGAAAAGCUCAUUCUUCCAAAUAACAAAAUGCUAUCAAACUUUUGCACAAUUUAUGCAGCUGUAGUGUGUCUCUGUGGCUCACGGAGAGACAAUGCAUUAAAUAAAUUGUUUUAACUCCUCGGGAUUAAAUGGCAAUAAAAUUUACAUGAAUACAA